UAUUCACUAUAGUCUCUCGUAAGGUGUGGUUCUCAGCGUUCUGGUCAGAACUAUGCUCGUCCGGAAUCAACAAGUGCUUCUCGAGACUACGUCGGGAAAACACUUGACCUAACUGAACUUAGUGAAUACCUUUUUCUUCGUAACGUCGUGUGCAAGAGAGAAUUCGAAGAGACCGCGCAUAGGUGGCAGAAAGAGUCACGGAAACUGACUGUGUAUAUAGAUCGAUGUGAGUUCACGAUCUUGAGAAUAAAUAUUGUGACAUCGGUUCGAGUUGAUUAUAAAGAUCGAUCUUUCCGUAUUAAGAUUCGAUUGCUCAAAUGCGAGACCGGAAUCGCCGACAUUAUGUGUACUUCGUAGUGAUCAAUGACUGGAUAAAUUAUUAGUUUUUCUACGUCGAGAUGCAUUUAUGACGCGCGUGUUCUUUCGUCAAGAUCGACAAGGAUUCUAUGUGUAUACCGGAGUUACGCUACACGUGACUUCACGCCUUGCCGACCGCGUGUUUAUUAUAUUGCAAAUAUAAUUCAGUAGCCAACAUAAGAUUGAAGUUGACGAGGGAAAAUCAUCAACUAUGAAGUACUAUUGUACACUUUCCAUAAAUCAUAUCGAACAAUAACGAGAAUAAUUAAACGAACGGAAAGGGAAGAAAGAAAUUGAAUUGACGUCUCUUUUACUUCAGAAAGUACCGAUAGAAAUUUCCCCUCGUCUGGUUGCAACGGGAUCGAACGAAAGCGCAAUUCUCUGGAUUAACUCGGUCACAACAUUGUGCAUUCUCUGACAGGCUUGUUGGCUAUACGGUCUCUAUUGCAAACCACGAUUCAUAGAUCGUAAUGAAGGGGACGAUUCUAAUUUUUCUAAGCGUUCUCUCAAUGAGAACGAUGGGUUUGCCGAACGGGGCACCGGUAGAUUCAUGCCAAGAUCUGUUGCCUCGUCAUCCUGGAGUUACGAAGCAGGAAACUCAGCCUCCUCCUUACCAAGUUUUACCAGCUGCAGGACAAGGUAGAGUCCGCUUAAUUCUAGGAAGCCCUCACGGUCUUGCCUACGAAGGUUUCAUGAUAGUUGCACGUGACUCUGAGACCGGUGAAUUCGUUGGAGAGUUCGCCAACUUGCCCGAUUCAGCAAAAAUCGUCGAGUGCACACCAGGCGUAAAGAACGCGGUGACUCAUACGAAUACCAGCAAGAAACACAAUCUUGAGUUUGAUUGGGAGGCACCUAUGGAUUACGAGGGAACUAUUGUAUUCAAGUCCACGAUCGCGCAGGAUUACAGUACCUAUUGGGUCGAAGUAGAAUCGCCUCAAGUUAACGUUCGCAAGCGAUCCAUCGACGUAUUGACCUCAUCUACCUCGAUCACCACGUUGAGAACAACCACACCGCCCUAUUACAGCCCGACCGUCGAUUACGAACCGACGAAGACUGAGGAUCCCUUUUAUACCGGAUGUGGUUCGACGAAAAAUUGUUUCGGUACUCCGUCAGGAUGCAUAGAAGAAAAGAAUUGUAUCGCGGCAGUGACUGUACUCGUUCACGGGGAGCGAUAUCUGUUUGAAUUGCAAGCACGUGACAGUAAAUACGUCGCUGUCGGUUUAUCCGAUGAUAGUAAAAUGGGCGAUGACAGUGUGGUUGAGUGCAUGAACGAAGAAGGAGAAAUUGGAUUAUACAUGUCUUGGAACUCUGGAAAAUCGAAUAUACGUCAGCCUAUGCAAGAAGGAGCCGUUGGAUUGGAGGCAAGUUCGAUCAAAGAUGACAUAAUCUCGUGCAAAUUUUGGAGAGAGAAGAUGACUGUCGUUCAAGGCCGCGAAUAUGAUCUCGUCAAUACACCGUACAAUCUUCUUGUGGCCUCUGGUAAAAGUUUAAAAAGUAAUGGUAUCGGAUAUCACGAUACGGCACGCGACGCUACGGGUGGCGCAAAGUUAUUAUCCGACGUUGGCGAUUUUACUACGGCGAGUAACAUCUUGAUUCGUGUUCACGGUGCUCUAAUGCUAGCAUCUUGGAUCGGUACAGCGUCCAUCGGCAUGCUUCUUGCUAGAUACUACAGGCAGACAUGGGUCAGCUCGCAGUUGUGUGGAAAGGAUCAUUGGUUCGCUUGGCAUAGAUUUUUCAUGAUAUUGACGUGGUCAAUGACUAUUGCUGCCUUUGUAAUAAUAUUCGUUGAAUUGGGUGAAUGGAGUUCCGAAACGAUACACGCGUCUUUGGGAUUAGCCACCACGAUUUUAGUUUUUAUUCAACCAUUUAUGGCAGCUGCAAGACCUCAUCCAGGAGCACCACGAAGAUCUCUUUUCAAUUGGGUGCAUUGGUUUGUUGGGAAUGCGGCGCAUAUUUGUAGCAUAAUUGCAAUGUUCUUCGCGGUUCGAGUGAAUAAGGCCAAACUCCCGGAAUGGGUAGACUGGAUUCUGGCCGCCUACGUAGUAUUCCAUAUUCUGACUCACCUCAUUUUGACAUUCGUUGGAUGUGCCUCUGACAGACAAGCAAGUCAAAGGGUGAAUUCAUUUCCGAUGAAAGAUAUGCACUCUCGUGGUUCAAUGGUCCAUCCAGAUGCAAGGCAGGAUGCUCCUCAUGCUGGGAUCAGGAAAUUUAUCUUUGGCAUAUACUUUGUUGUAAUCAUCCUAUUCGCUGCGGCUCUUAUUGUAAUCACGGUAUUGGCGCCUAUAGAAGAAUCAUGGACUACUUUCACGAAAACCAUAAAAAAUUAUUAA